GGAAAUGAAAGAAGUAGGCAGACUGGACGUAAACAUUAAAAAUUCAGCCGAUGAUAAUACAAAAUUCUAAUGGCUUACAACGAACGUCCAUUUUUUCCAAUUAUGUUAAAUAAAUAAAUAAACAAUACAUAUAUAUAUAUAUAUAAAAUAAAAGAUAAAACAGGAAAUAGAACAUCGACGUGCGACAUUUUAAUUGGAAAAAAAAAAAAAUACGAAAGGAAAUGGAAAAGUAGUCAAGAUAGAUAUUGGUAUUAACGAAGAUAGUAGAAAAUAUUCUGACAAUCGACAUUACUCUUUCGUAAAAUUCAUUUUAUCCUAUAAUAUUAUGGUGAAGAAAUAAAACAAUAAAAAAGAAAAAAAAAAGAAAGAAAAAACGUGAAGUAAAAGCAUUGUAUUUACCAUUGGAAAAAGAAAAAAAAGAAGAAAAGAAGAAAGAAAGAGUAUAUAAGAGUACAUAAAAGUAGAAGUAGAAGAAAGGGGUUGGUUGAAAAGUAGGCAAACUGGACAUUGAUAAAAUAAAAAAAAAAAAAGAGUAGGUCAGAGUUAUAGGAGAGAAAAGGAGAAUAGAAAGGAUAGAGGGGUGGGUGGGUGCCCGGUGGUGCGCGCAUUUCGCGCAUGCCACUACGAGAAGAGAAAGAUAGAUAGGAUUUUAUCCGUGUGAGUGAGUGGGUGGUUGAACACGGCCAGACAAGGGUGCAAAAUAUCCGUAGCCAAAGAGUGUGAUACCUUACGAAUCUCCAAUCAUUUUCCUUUUACACGUAGGGUACCUUAAAAUCGAACCUACAUCGAGAAAGAAACAGGGAGGGGCAAGCAAGCAAGCAAGCAAGCAAGUAAGCAAGCAAGAGAGGGAGGGUGGGAUAGAAAGGGAGAGGGAACAAUUCACUGACUUAGGUCAACGGGUCACUGGGUACGUCGCUAGUAACAUUUUCGUUAUGACGGACGCGGAAGAUUCAACACAAACCGAUUCAACAACCUGCGGUAAUAUCCUGGUGAUAUUGUCGUGGAUUUUGGUAAUUUUUACUAUGCCGUUUUCGCUGUUCGUUUGUUUCAAGGUUGUACAGGAAUACGAAAGAGCUGUUAUAUUCCGAUUAGGUCGUCUUCUAUCCGGUGGUGCGAAAGGUCCUGGAAUUUUCUUCAUUCUACCCUGCGUUGACAAUUACGCUCGUGUUGAUUUGCGUACGAGAACUUAUGAUGUUCCACCCCAAGAGGUAUUAACAAAGGACAGCGUUACAGUGUCAGUCGAUGCAGUCGUUUAUUAUCGUGUUAAUAAUGCUACUAUAUCUAUCGCCAAUGUGGAAAAUGCACAUCACAGUACAAGACUUCUCGCUCAAACGACACUUCGAAAUACUAUGGGUACGAGACCAUUACAUGAAAUACUUAGCGAACGUGAAACUAUUUCUGGUAACAUGCAGAUUUCCUUGGAUGAAGCCACCGAUACGUGGGGUAUAAAAGUUGAACGAGUUGAAAUCAAAGACGUACGGCUACCUGUUCAAUUGCAACGAGCAAUGGCUGCAGAAGCAGAAGCUGCACGGGAAGCACGUGCUAAGGUAAUCGCUGCUGAAGGCGAACAGAAGGCAAGUAGGGCAUUAAGAGAAGCAUCCGAAGUAAUCGGAGAUUCACCUGCAGCAUUACAAUUACGUUACCUCCAGACGCUUAAUACAAUUUCGGCUGAAAAGAAUUCGACGAUCGUAUUUCCAUUGCCGAUUGACAUGCUCACAUAUUUUAUGAAAGCUAAAGAAAUGUCUUAAUUCGAUGUAUUAAUUAUUAUUAUUCCAAUGACGUAUAUUCGAUAUGUCCCAUAAGAGUAAAAGAAAAAUGAAAUGAAAAAAAAGAAAAAAAAAAAGGAAAUGGUUAACAGUGGAAAGUUUUCAGAUGAUCGAUCUAAUAUUUGAUGAUCGUAUCACACACUUACAUACACACAUAUACGUAUUCGUUACGUUUAAACAAGACUUGAAUCAGACGAAAAAGGGCAGAGUUGCCAAUAUUAGACCAAAUUUCAACCCUUUUUACUAUAAUAUUACAUACUACAGGCCAUAAGAUUAAAUAUAUUUGUGUUAAACGAGAAAAAAAGAGAAAAAAAAAACAAACGAACGAACGAACGACAGUUUGCGACGUUUAUUAGAAUUUUUGAUAGCAAAUAAUAUAAUUAAAAAAGAAAAAAAAGGAAUACUAAAAGCAUUAAUCGAUAUUUUUGGAUGAGCUUAUAAUAUAAGAUCGCAUUGAUCUACUUGUGAAUAAAUAAAAAGUAAUGAAUUAAAACGAUGAGAGAAAUAAUAUCGGAUUCAAAGAAAACGCAAAUUGACGUUUUUAAUUUCAAUCAAAAAAUCGUAAUUAAUAAAAAAAAACGAGUAAUAACAUCGAAACAAAAUAUGCGCUAUGAUUUAACGCGAGUACACGAAAUAAAUAUACGAGAGUACGUUUGAUGUUAAAUCUAAUAUCUAAUUGUAAACUAUUCACAAUAUCGUACGUUUACUUUAUCGCGUAAAAAUUGUGGCUCUCAUAAAAAAGAAAUUCAACAUAAUUUUACACUGCCAAUCUAAGCACGAUAGAUUUUUCAUAAUUAUUCCGAUAAGAACAAAUUCUUCAUUUCGUACAAGUGUUUGCACCAUUUUACAAGACCAAAUAUGGAAUUGAUUAAUCUUCGAUAAGAAAUUAAAUAAUUAUCAAUAAGAAUACGUUUAUUUGGAAUUAUAUGGAAUCAUAAGAAUCUUAAGAUUAUGUAGAAAAGUAUUUAUAUAUAUAUUAUACAAUACAAUUUCUAAUAUAUACUGACCAAUACAGACGACUUAAUAACGUAGAGACAUUUGAAAUGUAACAAAAUUUGCAAAUAAUAGAACAUCGACUAUUAAACAAUAUAGAAAAAAGAAGAAAACAAUAGAAGAAAUAUAUACAUAUAUGUGUGCUCAUAAUUAUGAAAGUGGUCUAAGUCAAAA